UGAAUAGAAAGCAAAUGAGUAUAAAAGUUGCGUUUUCGGAUGUCAAAACAAAAUAGAAAAAAUAAAAUCGAACGAUUUCAAGGCGAGGUCUAUUCGUAAUUUAUUGUAGUUUGUGGAAUUUUGUAUUGCGUCGGAAAGUGCAUAAAAAGUGGAAACAAUGGUGUCGAAUUAAUAUGUUGCUGAGGUAUGGAUGAAUUUAAUUUUGCACAGCCUGCUCCUGCGGCAAUUGGGGAGCCUGCUAUAUUAACACGUAAUAUAGUCCUCCAAAAAUAUGUGAUUGCAUUACGCCAUUUUCGUAAUAUAGCUGAAAAGUCAUUCCGUGUACGCCCGCUUUAUUUUGAUAACUAUCUACUAUGGCAAUACUUUCAACAACGCAGCACAUUGGAUGAUGACGAUGAUUUGAAUAUACGGAAUUACUCAAACCUAUCAUCUCUAGCAUUUCUCAAAUUGGAAGUGCUCAGCCAAAUCUUGGAUCGGCGGCGCCAAAUAUUAUAUUGGAUAUUUUAUCUUUUGCUUGUUUCGCUGUGCGUUUUUGCUUAUCGACAUCGUAAUGACACAUCGUCGGAUAGUUUAACGUCUGCAGGACAUGAUGUUCAUUCUUUUAUCUAUCCCAGUAUGCGCAUGUGGCGUCGCAUAACACUGCCAUUAAUUCAACGUUUUCCACGACUCACAGAACUAUAUGAUGAGGCGUGUUUAAUGCAAAAUCCAUUUUUCCAAGGUGUCGAUGCCCUUAGCUGCGAUCCUUGUUCAACAGUACAGAGUGUACUCGAUUUGACUUCGGAAAUGGAGCGAAGUAUUGAUGUUUACAACGAUAAUCAAGAAGAGAACAGCAGUCGCGAUAAUUCAAAUCGAGAAAUGCCAAAUGAAAUUGUGCCUUUUGUAUUUAAAAUAAACCAAAAUCCCAUUCAACUGCAGGAUUUCUACAAUCUCUACAUAAGCAAUCAUGCAACAUUUCAUCGCGAUGCGUACCGUGUGCAAUCGACAAAUCGCGAAGUUACAAACCUAGAAGAGCUUUUCAAUAAAUACAAUCAUACGGAGAGCAAAGAAAUGUCUACGCAAAUGGUUGAGGCGCAUAAUUUGUGGCGUUGCAACCGUAUGCUACCUGCACGUCUGUUGCGCAAACUUUUCACCAGUCCAGCAAUACAUCUGCCGCGCACCGGGAUCGCGCUAGAGCGAUACAUGACCAUCGACACAACACAAGCGCCGACCUAUACUUUGCCUGAUACGCAGUGUGCAAAUGUAUUUGUACAACAAGCGCUCGGCACUAGAUACAUCUUCCUGCGCCCGACAAGUGAAUGUCGGCAUCGUUGUCGCACAUUGUCAAUACGCUUACCGCAAUCUUUCGUGCUAAGCUACAAUUGGCUAUAUUGGAAACCAAUUUCUGCGCCCGAUCCUGUAGCCGAUUCAUUUUCAAUUACAUUAAUUGGGUCUUAUUGUUAAGGUCGAAAUCAUCAUACAUUUUUUAUAUACAGACAAAACAUAUAUGUAUAUAAGGAUAAACUCGUACGCAUAUCCAAAUGUUGGUUUACGACGUUUACAGCCGACCAUUCUAUUUUGCGCCAACAUAACUCAUCGCAUAGUAAUAUGA